CAAAAGAAUGGUCGGUGUCUAUUUUUUUACCAUGGCUGUUGAAAUCAAAUUGCAGGGCCAUUUCUUAUUUCACCGAGAUUUUAAUUUUUAGAAUGAUUUUGGUGCAAAAGGGUUACAAAAUAUAUGAUAGGUCGGACUAAAUACACAGGGGAAAAAAAAUAAGGCACCGGCGUCCUGAUCUACAAAGUGGACACCCCAACAAGUUUUAACACAUUCAAGAUGGCGUCCAUUACAGUGUUCUAAUUAGAGACGAAACAAUUGUGUCAAAUACAACGGACGGUUUGAUGCGAUAGAUGGUUUCUAGAACCCGUGAAUAUUCAUAAAUCAUGGCUGACACGAGUACCAGGCGGCGUGUGAAGUUGUACAUGCUGAAUGAAGAUAGGCAAUGGGAUGACAGAGGCACCGGUCAUGUGUCAUCUGCAUAUGUGGAAAGAUUGAAAGGAAUGUCUCUCCUAGUUCGAUCAGAGACUGAUGGAAUCAAGCUAGAGAAAGACUUGGGAGAAGAACAGGGAUCAUUGCUGCUUGAGUCCAGAAUAUUGCCAGACACUGCCUACCAAAAGCAACAGGAGACACUGAUCGUGUGGUCGGAAGGAGAAAACUACGACCUAGCUCUCAGUUUCCAAGAAAAGACCGGAUGUGAUGAAAUCUGGGAAAAAAUCUGCAAUGUUCAAGGGAAGGACCCGUCUGUGGAGAUUACCCAGGAUAUUAUUGAGGAAUCUGAAGAUGAGCGGUUCGAAGAGAUGCCAGAAGUUGCCCACCCCAUCGAUUUGCCAACAUGUGAUCUUGGCAAACUGGCCGAGAUCUCUGAACUGUUCAGCAGUGUGCUGGGUUCGCCGGUGCGGAGAGAAAAACUCGCCACCGCUGUUGAACAGGAUGGAUACAUUCGCAAACUUCUGGACCUCUUUCAUAUGUGCGAGGAUUUAGAAAAUAUACAUGGCCUUCAUUAUUUAUAUGACAUAGUGAAAAGUUUGUUUCUGUUGAACAAAAAUGUACUGUUUGAUAUAAUGUUUCAAGAGGAUACAAUAUUUGACAUAAUCGGUGUGCUAGAAUUUGACCCAUCACAUAUGACUCCUGUAAAACAUAGGGAGUUUCUACAAAAGUCUGCCAAAUUUAAGGAAGUGAUACCAUUCUCAAAUCAGGAACUAGUGAAUAAGAUACAUCAGACAUUUCGAGUACAGUAUAUUCAAGAUGUGAUACUUCCCACCCCCUCUGUGUUUGAUGAAAACAUGAUGUCUUCUCUCACCUCUUUUAUCUACUUCAACAAAGUGGAAAUUGUUAGUAUGGUACAGGAUGAUGAGAAGUUCCUAUUGCAGCUGUUUGCUAGCAUCACAUCUGAGAAGAAGGAUGAAGAUGCACGGAGGGACCUGGUCCUCUUCCUCAAGGAGUUCUGUACAUUUUCACAGAUCCUACAACCACAGAGCAAGGAGUCCUUCUUUAAGACACUAUCAGGGUUUGGCGUGUUACCGGCUAUCGAGUUUAUUCUGCAGCAAGAUGAUGCCAAGAUGAAGUGCGCUGCUAUCGAUAUAUUCUCAUAUGUCGUAGAUUUCAGUCCGUCCAUGGUCCGAGAGUUCAUUGUUAAAGAGGGCCAAUCACAAGAUGAUGAUGACCUUCUAAUCAACCUAGUCAUUGAACAAAUGAUCAACGACCCUGAUCCAGAAAUGGGAGGGGCAGUACAGUUGAUGGGCAUCAUACGUCUGUUGAUUGACCCAGAGAACAUGAUCGCUGUCCUAACAAAAACAGAAAAGACUGAGUUCUUGAGUUUCUUCUACAAGCACAGUAUGCACGUGUUGACGGCUCCUUUGUUUGCAGUUACAGCAGAGGAUAAGCCAAGUAAAGAUGACUUUCAGACAGCUCAGUUACUGAGCCUGAUUCUGGAAUUGCUGUCAUUCUGUGUGGAGCAUCACACAUACAAUAUCAAAAACUACAUCAUCAGCAAAGACCUUCUACGCCGAGUCCUUGUGCUUCUCAGGUCACGACACACAUUCUUGUUGCUAUGUGCCUUACGAUUUAUGAGGAAAAUAAUUGGACUGAAAGAGGAAUUCUACAAUAGAUAUAUAAUCAAAGGGAACUUGUUUAAGCCGGUCGUUGAGGCAUUUAAAGUCAAUGGCAAUAAAUACAAUCUUCUAAACUCUGCCAUGAUUGAGCUGUUUGAGUAUGUUCGCCUGGAGGGCAUAAAGUCAUUAUGCAACCACAUAGUGGAGACACACAUGACCGACCUAGAACACGUGGACUAUGUGAACACAUUUGACUCGCUCAAGGCCACGUACGAGCAGGACCGCGUGAAAGACAAGACGGCCGGCUUUGAGGGGUAUGUCAUUAAUGCAGCUCUAUCACUGCGGAACAACCGAUUUCGGCGUGACCCGCGUGCGAUGGAUGAUGAUGAAGAAAUGUGGUUUGACCAGGAUGACGAUGGUGAUGAUGGCGAGAACAUUGUGCCAAUGUCAGACGUUAUCAGGAGCUCAGACAUGGAGCUCAGUAAACUAAUUGCUGAACCAAGACGAACAGCAAAAGAAGUGGAUGACCUUAAAGACAGUCCACCUCGGAUAAUCAAUAAGACCAAUUCUCCGAUCAACAUAUCCCUCAAGUCGAGCCAAUUAACGAGCCCGCUCAACUCCCCUGAGCGCCCCAACAGCCCGACCAGUCCAAUCUGCCAGUCCCCAAGAACUCCCACAGGCUCAUGCCCCACGCCUGCUUCAUCACCUGUCACUACCCCCUCAGCCAACAAUGCAAUACAUGGAAAACGGCCUGGUAUAGGCCUGGUAGAUUACCCAGAUGAAGAUUCAGACGAGGAAGAGGAAGACGAGACCUCAGAAAACAUCGGACCAUCUCCCAAAAGACAGCGAAUAGCCACCUAAUGAUGCUUCACUACCGUUAGACUCGGUCUUCUCAAUAUAUCUUAGAGGCUGGCGUGCUAAAAUGCUGCCUCCUCAUCAGAAAGCAGGUGCUGGCCAGAUGGUGUAUUAUGAGGAACUAUUUAUUAUAUUUUGUUACAAUAAUAUGGCUGAAUGGAAAAUGUGUAUGGAGCAAAGAUUAAAAGGAAAGGUGCCAGUCACUUGUACAUGUCAGGGAUGGUUAUGUUUGUUAUCUUGUGAUGAAUUAGGCUUUUGAGCGUUAUUCUGUUUUAUUCCCACCUUGAUAAGCUUCUGCUAACCUUGUGAUUUAAAAUUAUGAAUGCUAGGACUUUAUUUCAUUUUCAUUUUUACCUAUUUUGCCAAAUUUUGAGAUGGAAAAAAAAAGUUUCAUCUCUGCAGUAAAAUUUUGUCUCGAACAAAAUCCAAAUUAAUAUUAGACAGGAAUUUUCUCAGAUAAAGAGAUGGAAGCAUCAACUUUAUUUUAAAACUUUGCCAAAAAACCCAAACAGAAUUGAAAUGAAAAUUGUGUCAUUAAACUACAUGUAUGAUGUGAAUAUGUCCUAAAUAUGCACUUGAUAUGGGCUAAAUGAGAUUUAAGACCACCCUUAAUAACUACCUACUUUGUUUCAAAUAGAAUAUUUUGAAAUCAAGUCCACAUGCAUUUGUUUGUCCAGGGUUUUCACAUGACUUGUUAAUCUCUCCAUUGGUUUAACAGUUAUGAACAUUGAUAUCAGGGUGGUUCGGUGUUGUGUCAGUUGUUUCACAAACAUGUUCGUAAAAUCUGUAAUGGUUGAAAGCAUUUAUAAGUGCUGAAUCUCGGUGCUCAAAGCAAAUCAGGCACAGUUAAUUGACAUCAUUGGAUGGUGUAUAUACAUGUAGGUGAAUACAUCUGUAUUGUCUCAAAAUGAUUCAUGUAUUGUAACAAUAAUGAAAUUAAGCUGUUGAAUGUAUUGUCAAUAAUGUUUAAGAUGUUAAAUGGCUAUUAUCUCUGGCUUUUUUUUUGUACAUUUGCUAACAUGGGGAGCCAAAGAAAUGAAUGAAAUUCACUGAACCUUUUUCAGUUAAGUAGAAAAAGUAGAGUUGCCCUUUUCAUACAGUUUCUGUGUUACAAAAGGGUUUUCAAUGGUUGAGAAAGGCCUAUAAAAUUACAUCAUUCGAAAGCUUUUAAAUAAUUUUUGAAAUCGGCUACCAUCUAUGAGCUAUUUUUUUUUGAGAAGUAUAUAAAAUAAACUAUUCUUAUUAUUUGUGUUUCUGGAAAAAGCUUAAAUCAUUUUCAUCCAUUAUUUUGAAAGGAAGAACAUGAAGAUAGUGAAAGGAAUCAAAGGGAGAAUACUAAUAAUGAGGACUGUGAUACAAGUUACAUACAUUUUUAAUUUGCCUUAGUGUUUGAAAUUAUAUGUUUGUCCAAUGGAAUGGCAGUAUUGUUUAAUUUCUGAUAUAUGCUUAUUUUGGAAAACUGUCGGUCAUUAUUGAUAGUAAUUCGGUGAAUCAGUAGAUUAAAAAGCGGCUGUUAGACAAAAUGUAAUCACAAACACUAAACUGGUCGAAGGUUAUAAGUAUGCAUUUACCAAAUAAAUGGUCUAAUUGUCUGCGAUACUUCAGGCCCAUGUAUUUUGGUAAUUGCACAGCUAACAACCUGGAACUGCAUUUCUAUGUUUUGAGGAAGUUCACAAUUGAUGCAUUGAUCAUUUUGCAGUUUGAAGGUUUGACAUGCGUUAUUUAGAAUACAGGAAUGCAAUUUUUGUUACACUAGGAAUUUUUGAAAUCUACCUGAUUCUGUUGGUUUCAUUUUCAUUCACUCAUCAUCAUUGAUCUUCAUCGAUAGAAUAUUUCAUAAAUUAACAAAUGCAGCCAGCACUGAGUAAAUAAUAGAAAUAUGCUUUAUAUGAAGAAUGAUGGAAUAAUGAACAACAUUACGGUAUGCUAACAGCAACUCACAUUAUUAUGCUAGGUUCAGAGAGCAAGACUUCAUAUUUUAAUGGGUAUGUCCCAUACAUGUUCACAAAGCAGUUUGUUUAACAUGAUGUUCAAAAUGUGAUCUCAGUUUCCCCAUUCAGUAGUCGUCAUUCACAUUUCCAAUUAUAUACAUGUAUAUACCAAUAGCUUUUGUACUUAACAUUUCUAUGUUCAUAUGACAUGGUUUGAAGAUUUCAUGAUGUUAUUGCAAAAAAUUGCCACAUUGAUGUUUGCAUAUACAAGUAUUUCAUACUUUCUAUUAUUAACUCCUUUUGUUUAAUUCUCAAUUUUAAUAGUCUAUUUUUUUAAGUUUGAUAAUAAAAAAAGCUCAUAAGAUGAAAAAUAAUGAUAUUGUAGGCAGAAAAAACUCAAAUCCUAUAUUGUUUAAAGUUCAGUCAAAUAAUUCCAAGUGAUUUUAAUGUGUUGAGUGUUGUUGCAUCAAAGAACUGAAAAAAUAAUAUGAAGGUUAUUAAUGUUUAAUGGUUACACUAUAUGAGUAUGUCUUAGUAUUUUUUUACUUGGUAGGAUUAAGACUUGCAUGUAUCAUGCUUUUGUUAAAUUGUAGCAAUAGGCUUCUGCAUAUUUAACCCAGAGUGAUGUAUAAUCUAAAAGUUAACUGUAGAGAGAUGUGAUUUAUAUGUUAUUUAUACAUGUAGGUAUUAGGUAUAAUUGCUUUGAUCUGUUUAGAUUCAAUAUAUCAUUGAUAUGCUCUGGCCUGAUAAGUUAAAACAGAAGCCAAUAGGGAAAUUGCAGAAGUGACAAUUCCAAUAUAUAUAAUGUUGACAAUGUCAUACUAAUUUUUGAAAAGUAUUGGUAGAUAUUCCUGUUAAUAUUGAAGUUAAAAUCCAGUGAUCAAAAUCAAAGUGAGCAAAGCCUGCCAGUACGAAGAAAGCCCUUUCGUCUGAAAAAAAACUAGGUUUUGUUUCAUCUUUAUAUAGCUGGGCUUGUAGGCUGUAAUCUGCUGAUUAUAUGAACAUUAGCAUUCGGGCUUGCUCAAGGAAAGAUUAAUUUUGAUGACUUCUAUGUCAGGGAUUUACCAAAUCAAUCUCAAUUGAUCCGAUAAAUAUGUAUGUAUGAUAGAAUAAAUUCUUCUGAAUGAUAGGAUAUUUUUGUGUACAGUCAGUCUCACUGUUGUCAUGACGGGGUCAUCUUCCAAUACGAGUGUGCUGCAGCCAAUUGCAUAAAACUGAUUCAAUUCUUUGGUCGAAGUAAGCCAAAAUGUUAUUUGAUUGGUCAAUAUUUAUUCAAUUAUAACUUUUUAACGAAUCCAAUCAUUUGAAUAUGCCAAGUAGCCAAAAGAUAACCUGUGGACAAUUUGUCCAAGUUUUAUACAUUUGGCUGUGAAGAUCACAUGAAAUCACCAAAUUUAAGAAAGUGCUUAUUUAGUGUAUAUAAGGUGCUGAUUUGAUUUUCAGAUGUUAGAUCAUAUGAAAACAAAUGAAGCAAGUUAUCAUAUUUGCCAGUUCAAUAAUGAAAAAUGCAGUCCAGUGUCAUAAUCAGAUUGUUUUUGCGAAAUGGCAACCAUUUUUAGCCAAAAACGGGGGUUUGUUAUCACCAUUGUGAAAUACUAUAACCUGGGCCAUAACGUAACUCCAGUUUUUGGCCUAAGUAAACUAAUAAUAUCAGAAUAAUAUUUAUCGUCUACAUUCUGCCUGUAGCAGCGUAUCAUUCACAACUUAAAUAUCUUUUGAAACCGGCCCUGGCUUUUAUAUUUGUUGAGUUAUUCUAAUUUGUUUGACAUUAAAAAAUGUUGAGCCUUUAGAGUUUGCUCUGUGGCGCUCUUGUUAAAAGUAGGUUUAGUAUGAGAAAAUUCACUCUCAUUAUCAGCUCAUCUCUCAUUGUAAAUGUCCAUUUUUAAAGUUUAUCAUGUACAUGUAUGAAAAUUUUAACUUUGUAUAUAAGAACAAUUGUAAUGUAUUGUAAAAAAGAGGUACAUGUAUUUGUGUUGAAAUGAAUUUUAGUUUUUGGUAUGAUAUAGAGAAACUUUGUUAUAAGUUUAGUUGUAUGAAUCAAAAGCAUACUUGCAGCAUAAUAAAUAUUGAAAUAAAGACAUAACAUACAAACUGUUGCACAAGUUAAAAAGAUGCAUUUGUGCCCCACAAAAAUGUAACAAUAAGUGUUGAUUAAAGUUCAGUAUAUUUUUUUGAUGUGUUAUAACAAUCUGUAAAGUUACCAUAAUAUAACUAAUUGUACUAUUUCCUAUUAACGAAAUAGAGCAUUUUUUGGUUUCAACUCAUGUAAAUUAAGACAUAGUUUAAAAAACAUAGGGCACAUAUUUUUUGCAGUAUGAGUUUUAUUACUCUGACCUUUUGUAAAUAGGCAUAUCUAAAGCCCAUUUCAAUGACGUAAUUUUCAUUAACAUGUAUAUAGAUAUAAUAUUCUACUUCUAGAAGUACACGUAUGUUUGUAUAUAUAACAAAUAUGAAAAUUGCAAUUGACCUUUUAUAAAAUGUGCUGGAAAGCACCUGGUCAGAGUAAUACAACUUUUCGUUUUGUCUUGUUUAAAAUACGGGCUGGCCCCAUUGUGUCUUUGUCAAACAAAAUAAUUGAAGAAACCAAGUUCAGUGUUCUUCAUGUUUAAAACAAAUCUGCCUUGACUGGUUAUUCUAUUGAGGAUGGAUUAAUGGCCCUGUUGAUAACAUUUCCGUUUUCACGCUGGAAAUGCUUUGGAAUGGCUCAUAGCGUUUUAAUGUUUUAAAAAGCACCCAGGCAACUUUCCAAGAUAUAUUUUUGUAUCAGGUCUCAGUUUUAACUGAAAGUGUAUCUAUAUUUAUAGACAAAACUGUAUUUGACUGUUUUUAAACAAUCUGCUCAUUCCAGAAAAACUUGCACAUGUGUAAAUGCCAUAACAUACAUUGUACCAUUGCGACUUAUGUUGUGAAAUCAAAUUUUAUAUUUUCAUUUGCUUGUUUGUAGUUAUAUACUUGAUUGCUCAGUAUAGUUAUGAGUAACCAGUAAUAUGUUGAACGAAUGUCUUUAUCAUGUACAAAAUUAUCAUCCACAAACGAAAAUUAAAAAUAUGAAAUGAUA